UGGCGUGGCGACUCAUGGCGUGGCGACUCAUGGCGUGGCGACUCAUGGCGUGGUGACUCAUGACGUGGCGACUCAUGCAGUGGUGACUCAUGCCGUGGCGACGCGUCGCCAUGCUAUAUGAAGGUAUAUAUAUACAGUCUAUAUGCAGUAGUGUGAACGGUAUGGCGACGCGUCGCCAUGCGCAAUCGAUUUUUGUAUUCAAUGAAAAUAAAAAUAAAUGUUUAUUAAAUAAACAGUCAUCAUUUUCUGAAAAAAAUCGUAAUAUUUUAUCAUUAUGCCAUAUUUACUUCCUAUCGCAAUCUGUUCUUUUCUGCAUGUUACUUUUACAAAUUAAUGUCGAUGUUUCACAUCUGCCAGGCGUCCCGUGACGGCUCAUAUUUUUUUAUAUUAUAUUCUGAACAUACAGACGGAAAUAUUUAUAUUUAUCAUAGUUGUAUACUUACAUAAAGUUCAGAGUUGAGUCUGAUUUGUUAUUCAAAACGUUAUAUUGGUAUCUUUUAAGACGAUCUCGUUAAUUUAGUAAAUAGUGAGUUGGUUUAUAUAAAUAAUGGGCUCUGUAGCUACUGCUAUAUCCACCGAUAGAUAAACAUAGAAGCUUACUAAUAAUUAAAAAAAAGUAGUAAGUACAGAAUUAUACAUACGUAAUACUACACUUUGAUCUUAGGCAAAACGACGACAAGCGAAAGUUAAUGAGUCGCCCCGUGAUCACGACCUGUAACUUGCUUAAUCGAAACGUCGGGAUAAGGAAGAUACGAAAUCAUUUAGUGCAAGUUUUAACCCGUUAAAUAUUAUAUUCAUUAUUUAUUUUAGUUUACAUAGGUAAUGAACUUGAAAAAGUGUAGUCAACAUGAAACUGCAUCAGUAAACAAGUACUUAUGUGAAAAGGCGCGCGCUGGCCGCGCCUGCGGUCAUUGGCGUAGCUAGAGAUUUUUUCUAGAGAAGUGAGGGAAGCCGUCCAGCAGUGCUAUCUAAUCUGUUGUAAUAACAAACUCACUUCUCACCGCGGAAUCUGCGGUGUGAUUUGAAAGAUCAUGAUUACCUUAUUCCCUACUGGAGGCAGAUUUUUAACUGGAAUCUUUAAAGUUUAAUCCGUUAGAGCGGACAAACGAAUGUUUCAGAGUUUCUUGCAUCUAUUACUGACCCCUAAAUAUAUCGUAAUUGUGUCUGUAUGGCUAACAAAUAAGUACCUAUCUAUGUUUAAUAAAAUAAUGUUAUCGGUUUUAUCCCAGGUUACUCAAUUAAAUAUCAAAAUAUUUUGCUGAAAUUAGUGCAUAUGUUGUCAAUUUGAGAUGUAGGCCGUAGGGUUUAGAAUAAACGUUUGAAAUUUAUUCUAGAUAACCAGUAAGGUUAUCUAUUUCUAAAUAGUUACCUAGUAUAUUUAUAAUUCUUUGGAAAUCAUUAAACAAUAAUGAUAUUAAUGGGUGUGAUUAAGUUCAUGUAAAUGAUGUGUUAUUUGAUAAAGGCUAGCGAUGCGGUGGUGUUCAAGACGCGGUCUCCCCAAUGACACGGUUGCUCAACAAGGCAGACGUGACAUUACAAGUUUUGUGACAAAUUAUUAAACAAAUAGUUGUGAGUAAAACCUUCGGAUGGUUCCCAGUAACUGCCUAGGUACGUACACGCACACAUGGACGAUGACGGACACACUAUGAGACGUGCAAACACGCGUGCGCAUGUGGUCAGCGAUGACCGAAUCCGGGGAGCCGGAAUAUCGACAUCUUAUAUUUGUUCUCACCUGACAUUACGAUAGAUCGUUGGAGAAAUGUAUAAAAGAUUUUGACGUGAGCGCUUAGACAUCAGUCGCUUAUCUGGUAGCAACCGAAACAUACCAAAACAUUCAAAAUGAAACUGAUUGUAGCUAUCGCUCUUUUCGUGGCCGUCGCCGCCGCCCUCCCCGUGGAACAGGAGCCCGCGAAGAUCCUGCGCAGCGAAUUCGACCAGCAGCCCGAUGGUGCAUACGUUUACAGCUUCGAGACUGACAACGGUAUUAUUCGCAAUGAGAACGGAGAAGUGAAGCAAGCCCUCGACGAGGAGAACAAGCCCCAUGACGUCGUCGUCGUCCGCGGUUCCUACACCUACACCAACCCCGAGGGCAAGCAGGAAACCAUCACCUACUUCGCCGACGAGACCGGCUUCCACGCUGAAGGCGACUCCAUCCCAAAGGCCCAGUAAAUCGUGAUUCCUACACACCAAAACACUGACGAAAAACACUGCCGACGGACGCGAACACUCGAGCACUUGGUACGGCUUUACCAAUAGAGACGAUAUGAGAUUCGGAGGAAUCAUUGUAAACAAUUGAAUGUAGGUCAUGUAGGGUUGUUGCCAUAACAGGAGCGAUGCAUCUAGUGUAUGCUUCUAUUGUUGCUUGUUUUUGAAGCUCACUGCCAUAUAUUUUUUACGUUUUGUACAUUUUUUGUUAGUUAUUUUUAACGUGACUCUGUGAAAUAAAGAUUUCGCACAAUAAUGCAUUGUUUUAAUACCAAUGUUUAAUAUGUGUUUAUGUGUUUUUUUUAUUCGUUUACAAAUAGGUUAAUAAGUCCUCACGAAAUUAAUUAUCUUCAUAUCUUAUAUUAAUAAGUAAUAUUAUUUUUAUUAAAGGUCGAUUGUAUGAAUUAACAAAUUAAAGUUAAAUCACAAAUAACCAGAUAAAAUUUAUUACAAUAUAGCGCAAUGUAUAUGCCAUCAAAGGUCUACCAGAAAAGCAGCAAGCAAAGUGUCAAUUAAUAACCCCUCAUGAUGAAUGACGGCACGCCUCAUUACGUUAGUUGACGAUAAUGAAAAUUAAUCUGAUCAAGAUAAUGAUGAUGACAUAAAACGUGGAGUCAAUUGUUUAAAAAAUGAAAAAGAUAAUUUAAUUCUUAAGCUGCGCCCAAGAUGUCUCAUUUUCAAAAUUUCAUACUUCUAUUAGUUUCAUUAACUUUACAUUUGGCCCCCAUGUUCGGAAAGUUUCAUAUACAAAACUGCAAAUUCAUAUCAAAGUAAGGGAUACACCAUCAUUGCAGUGGUUGAUGACAACGUUGCAAGUGGCUUGCGAUUCAUAUCUUCAUGUUCACUUUAUUGGAGUUAUUCUUCAAAAAUGCAAUAUGUGUUUGUUUUUUAUACAAAGUAACGUAGAUUCGAGGGCUCUUCUGAGAAGCUAAGGUUGUUUGUAUUAUUUAUCCAUUUUCAUUCAGUAGUAAGUAGUUCUUUUUUAACCGACUGCGCAAUGCAAGAGCGCGAAGCGCGACGCGCAGACAGGGUAUAGUGUUUAACAGUCUAUAUAUGUAUGUAUGUUCCUUUGUGGCACACUAGAGACCUAACGACUGGACCGAUUUUGAUGAUUCAUACAUCAAUCGAUUCGUUUCAGUCAUGCGAGUGCUACUAAAUAUAUGAAAGUAAUCAAAAUUCAAUAUGGGGAUAAUAAGGCGCCAUAUUGUGACGAAGCAAAAAAAAUAAGUUAUCAAAAUAUGUCGAGUGGGGUAUUAUUGUCUAGAUAAUCGAAAAUCAUGUUUAGGUUCCUUACACUAUUUUUCAUUUUAUAAGAUUGUUUAGGAUCUACAACUCUUUAAAGUUGUAUAUUAACCACUUGCGCUUUUAAUUUCAAUCUUACGUUUGUAUGGAUCUUUGUUACCCUUUCACCUAAAAAAUACUGAAUGGAUUUUAAUGAAACUUAACAGUAAUAUGGCUCAUAUAUGAUUAUAAUUUAUAUAUAUAUAAUAAUUUAUGUAGUUCUCGAGUGAAUUGGCCAAAAUAUAACAAUAAGUGUCACAUGAGACGGAAAAAAUCUCCCAUCUGCGAGACAUUUUGGCCUGCACUGCAAAAACAAUGAAAGUUAUAUGAAUGUAACGUAGAGUGAAAAUGUAUCUCUUAAAUAGUUCUACAAAAAAGUCCGUGUCACCAUAUAUCUAUUUUUAAUGUGUAAGCCAUUACACUAAAAUAGCGAAUCAAAACUAAAAUAUUAUUUGAUAUUUAUUUCCAAAAUGCACAUUUUGAAUUAACAAAUUAUUUUUUAUCAAAACAAAUAUCGCUUUUGAUAUUUAAAGACGAUAAACUUUGCCUUUUACACUAUGCCAUUUCGACACAUAUUUAAAAAGUUACAACGAUGACAAAGUGAUAGCGCGGUGAACUACGAUUAUGUAGGAGUAGACUGCGGGAAUACUAAGAGAAGAAAUUAAAUUUAGGUGUUUAUAUACGUAGAUAAAACCUAGGCGAAAAAGAAAAAAAUACUAACUAAAAAGUGUGAAAUAAAAAAAGGUAAAUUUUAUAAAUCAAAAAACCCGACUGCUUAAUUAAACUUCAAAUAAAAACUUAAAAGAAAAAUUCAAGUGCAGUAGUCUAUAAUUCUGUUAAUAAGGAACAAAGCUAUUUUAACAGUCGGGACCCA